CGCCGCCUUCGCCAUGAGUGAGAAAGAAGAGGAGGAGAGAGGAGCGGCGGAGGAGGCAAGCCUGAUAUCCACCUCAAUGUCCUCGCCGUUUCAACAUCGCAAACACGGAUCCUGAAUCACAGCCUGCCCAAAGACGAGGGAGGGGGGGAAAGAAAGCAAGAGGGGGAAAAAAAAAAACAGACAUUAAAGCAAGUGAUGGCACACCGCUAUUUCCUGAUGGCCCGCUGCUGUCGGGGGCUGUAUAAAAGCUUCGGCCCUCAGGAUAGCAGCCGAACCUGGAGACUGUUCUCAGGUUAUGCACAUAAUUGUGUGGGAUUGGAUAGGAACAGCCUACUGACAAACGUACUAGGUGUCUAUGGACGGUUCUGCGCUCGACCUCCAAAAGGUUUUGAAAAAUAUUUUCCAAACAAAAAAUCCAAAAGAGCAAGUGAAUCCAAUGAAUCAUCCAGUGAGGCAAAAGAGGCAAAAUCUGCAAAUUCUCAGCGUACAGGGAACAAUGGUGCAGGUGGUGGAAGUGGAGGAAAGAAAGGAGGCAGAAAGGAUGAGUCUACCUGGUGGGCCAGAUUACAGAAGGGUGAUAUUCCAUGGGACGAUAAAGAAUUUCGAUUUUACUUUAUAGGAGGUGCUGCAUUUUGGGCAACUGUUGCUUAUUACAUUUUCUUCAGGAAUAUUGGCAGAGAAGUUACUUGGAAGGACUUUGUCAAUAAUUACCUUUCUAAAGGAAUUGUGGACAGAUUGGAAGUAGUAAACAAGCGUUACGUUAGAGUAGUUUUUGCUCCUGAAAAGUUAGCUGUGGAUGGGUAUGUAUGGUUUAACAUCGGUAGUGUGGACACCUUUGAGCGGAAUCUGGAGACGGCGCAGCAGGAACAGGGCAUAGAAAGUGAAAAUAGGAUACCAGUAGUAUAUUCAACAGAGAGCGAUGGCUCAUUCCUACUGAGUAUGCUUCCUACUAUACUGAUCAUUGGGUUUCUGCUGUUUACCCUGAGAAGAGGAGCAGCAGGCGUUGGCCGAUCUGGACGUGGCAUGGGUGGACUGUUUAGUGUUGGCGAAACAACAGCAAAGGUUCUCAAGGAUGAAAUUGAUGUAAAGUUCAAGGAUGUGGCAGGAUGUGAGGAAGCGAAGUUGGAAAUAAUGGAAUUUGUUAAUUUUCUAAAGAAUCCAAAUCAGUACCAAGAACUUGGAGCCAAAAUUCCAAAGGGAGCUAUUCUUACGGGUCCUCCGGGCACUGGAAAAACUUUGCUAGCCAAGGCUACUGCAGGAGAGGCCAAUGUUCCAUUCAUCACAGUUAAUGGAUCUGAAUUCUUGGAAAUGUUUGUUGGUGUGGGUCCUGCUAGGGUGAGAGACCUGUUUGUGAUGGCUCGGAAAAAUGCUCCUUGUAUCCUUUUCAUUGAUGAGAUUGAUGCAGUUGGAAGGAAAAGGGGUAGAGGUAACUUUGGAGGACAGAGUGAGCAAGAGAACACUCUAAAUCAGCUCCUGGUAGAAAUGGAUGGGUUCAACACUGCAACCAACGUGGUGGUUUUGGCAGGCACAAAUCGCCCAGAUAUCCUGGACCCUGCACUGAUGAGGCCAGGUCGAUUUGACAGACAAAUUUUCAUUGGGCCACCUGACAUUAAAGGAAGGGCUUCAAUUUUUAAAGUUCACCUCAAACCCUUAAAAUUAGAAACUUCUAUCAAAAAGGAGAAUUUGGCAAGGAAACUAGCAGCUUUGACUCCUGGGUUUACAGGAGCUGACAUCGCUAAUGUAUGCAAUGAAGCUGCUUUAAUUGCUGCCAGGCACCUUUCUGAGGCCAUUAUACAGAAGCACUUUGAACAGGCCAUUGAACGUGUAAUUGGAGGGCUGGAAAAGAAAACUCAGAUUCUACAGCCAGAAGAAAAGAAAACUGUAGCAUAUCACGAGGCAGGCCAUGCAGUGGCUGGUUGGUUCCUGGAGCAUGCUGACCCUUUGCUGAAGGUGUCCAUCAUACCCCGUGGAAAGGGACUUGGAUAUGCUCAGUACUUACCUAAAGAGCAAUAUCUGUACAGUAAAGAACAGCUUCAUGACCGUAUGUGUAUGACACUAGGCGGACGAGUUGCAGAACAAAUCUUUUUUGGUAAAAUAACAACUGGUGCGCAAGAUGAUUUAAGGAAGGUUACCCAGAGUGCCUAUGCACAGAUUGUCCAGUUUGGCAUGAAUGAAAAAAUAGGCCAGGUGUCCUUCGACUUCCCACGACAAGGCGAGAUGGCUUUAGAAAAACCAUAUAGUGAGGCCACUGCCCGACUGAUAGAUGAAGAAGUACGAUCAGUCAUCAAUUCUGCAUACGAGAGGACGCUGUCACUUCUAACAGAAAAAAGAGCGGAAAUUGAGAAGAUUGCUCAGCGAUUAUUAGAAAAAGAGGUACUAGACAAAGCAGAUAUGGUUGAACUGUUGGGGCCUCGACCCUUUGCAGAAAAGUCAACAUACGAGGAGUUUGUGGAAGGGACAGGAAGCCUUGAGGAGGACACUUCCCUCCCCGAGGGCCUCAAAGACUGGAACAAGGAUCGUGAAAACGAGAGAAAGUAUCAAAAGAAGAGCAAAUUGGAAGAGGGUUCGCUGGAGGGCUGGGAUACUAAGUGAGGCAAAAUAAUUAUUUAGCUUUGUGUUUUUAAGAAAUUGUGAACCUACAAUAGGAAAAUUGUGCCUCCUUGAUUGUGUUCAGGCUUGUUGGUUAAAGAAUUUCAAAACUCAUAUAUGGUUCAGCAGCUCAGCUCUCUAUAUUCAACGUGGCUUUACCAGUAAUUAAUUUCCACUGGGCCAACUUGUUCUGUCAAAAUGAACAUGAAGCAAAAAAUAGCAAUUUUUUUUAAGGUCUUAAAUGCAUUUUAACAAUGAUUGCUGCUUCACUUUAGCACUUGGAGAUGUAAGUCUCUGACUCUGCACACUGCAUCUGGUUUCAUUUGAAUGGAACUUUUAUUUAUGAAUCUGUUUUGCCAUAUAUCUGAAGAUGGGAAGGUUUUGUCUGCUGAGUUAGCAGGCGCAGAUGGCUGAGGAUUAACGUACACAAUUUUCUGUACCCUGUGGCCUCUCGAUCCUCCUUUGGGGCCGCAAGCAGUUGAAGACUUGAAUGUAAUUAAUAGUUUGUGUAAAUAAUGUUUAUUUUGAAACUUCAAAAAGUGUACAAAAAUAAAAGGUAUAAUAUUGAAUUUGUUAUCGGUCUUGGGCGGGUAUAUAGUUUGUUAGGAAAGACUGUGAGUUCCACUAUUAAUAUUUGCUUUGAUCAAAUACAUGCUGUGCCAGACCAUCCGUUGAUUACAAAAUGAAACUCCAAAGGGCAUCACAACAAUAAACAAAUGAAGUUUCCAACA